AUGGAUUUUGAGGAGGAGCACGCAGGAGGAGAUGAUAUUGAAGAAAUCUAAGAUGGGGAAGAUAUAUUUGGAGAAGAUGCCGACAUAUCAGUGCAUGAUUCAGGAAGCAAAAAAGAUGCCGUCAUAUUCUUGGUAGAUUGCAAAAAAGCAUUAUUUGAUAUGGAUCAAGAUGGACAAGGGACAGUAUUUUCUAAAAUAUUAUCUGCCUUUUCUAGCUUUAUGAAGGCAAAAAUCAUAUCAAGUCCAGAUGAUCGUAUUGGUAUGAUAUUUUAUAAUACAGUAAUUGUUAUCUAUAAAAAUAGAAAUCUACUAACAAUCAAUUAAAAUUCAAUAACAUUACAGAAAUCUAUAAAUUAGAUGGACCUUCAGCAGAUAUUAUCAAAAAUUGUUUAAAAAUAGAGCAAAAUUUUGAAAAAGAUUAUCAAUUAGGCAACAACGCACAUUUUCAUGAAUGUUUAUGGCUCUGUAAUCAUGAAUUCAAAGAAUUGUAUGCAUAUUAUCAAUAUUUAUUAGAGAUAAGAACAAAUUCAAUAUGCGUAUAUUUUUAUUCACUCCAGAUGAUUUACCAUAUUUUAAAGAUCAAAAUGCCAGAUCAUCAGCUUUGAAAUACGCCAAGUAAUUGAAGGAUGCAGAUGUUUAAAUAGAAUUAUUUCCAUUGCCUAGCUAAAAUGAAUUCAAAAUUGCUCGAUUUUAUGGUGAGAUUAUAACUGUUGAUUUGGAUGAAGUUAACAAUGCUGUACUUGAUACCUCAACUAAAAUUAUGGAUUUGCAUUAAAGGAUUAAAUAAAAGGAAUUUAAGAAAAGAGCUUUGAAUAGACUUAUUAUGGAUAUAGAUGACAUUAAAAUUGGAUUAAAAAUAUAUUGUUUAGUGAAUAAGGCAAAAAAACCAUAUGGCAAACCCUUAGAUAGGAGAUACAACUAAUAACUGAAAAAGAAAGCAUAAUUUAUUGAUGAAGAAACAGGACAAGCUCUCUUCCCUCAAUAAAUAUCUACUCAUUUGAUAUUGGGAAAUGAGAAGAUAGCAAUCCCAAAGGAAUAUAUGGCUAAAAUAAAAGGAUUUGAAAAACCCGGGAUGACUCUAAUCGGUUUCAAAUCUUCAAGUGCAUUGAAGGAUUAUCAUAAUUACAGAGCCUCAUAUUUUUUAUAUCCAGACGAUGAACAUGUAAAUGGAUCUUCUUAAUUUUUUGAUGCAUUGAUUCAAUAAAUGAUAUUGAAAGAGAAAAUAGGAAUUGUUAGAUUAGUUCCUAAAUAAGGAUCUUAGGUCAGAUUUUGUGCUCUGCUUCCUUAAGCCGAAUAAUAUGAUGAAAAUCAUUUUUAGACACCUCCAGGAUUGCAUUUGAUAUUUUUACCAUAUGCAGAUGACAUUAGAGGAUUAUCUUCAGUCAAAUAAGAAGGAGCCGAGAUUACAAGACAGACAUUAAAUGCAGCUAAGAUUUUGGUGAAUGCAUUAACAAUUCAAGAUUUUGAUUGUUCAAACUUCGAAGAUCCUUCAAUAUAGAAGUAAUAAUAUAUUGUCUAUAUAGAUUUUACACAUAUUUGUAAGGUUUAGCAUUGUAGGAGUAGAAUAUUGAAGAACCUGAGGAUUUACUUUAACCAGACUUCAAAGGAAUGGAAAAAUAUAGAGAUAUUGUUAAUUUGUUUAUGAGUAAUGUGAGUUUGGAAUGCUCUAAUAUGCCAUCAAAAGCUAGAGGAUAAGGAGGUGCAAGAGGCAGAGGUAGAGGAAGAGGCAGGGGGAAGCAGGAAGAGAGUGAUAGUGAUGAUUGCCCUAAAGUUAAGGGGAGAGGCAGAGGAUCCACUUCAAAACAAAAAGUUGAAGAGGAAGAUAGUUUGGAUGGAGAGGAAAUCUAUUAACCAAUAAAAAAGAGAGGAAGAGGGCGUUGA